GCCGUCUCGAGGCUUCUCAGCUUCAGAUGCAAAGUGAGUGGGUGUCUCUUUGAGAAGCAGAAAGAGAGAAGGAAAGAGAGAUCGAAAGAGAGGUGUUUCCCUUGCCUAUGGAAACUCUAUAAAGACAGAGCUGGCUUUUCUUCCCUGGAGCAGUCAGAAACAGCAGGUCCACCCUUGACAUCUUCGCUCGGGGCCAGCUCCAGGAACUGGCUGCCAUGCAGCAGCCCCUGAAUUACCCGUACCCUCAGAUCUACUGGGUGGACAGCAGGGCCAGCUCUCCCUGGGGCUCUCCAGGGUCGGUCCUCCCGUGUCCGUCCUCUGUGCCGGGAAGGCCUGGGCAAAGGAGGCCGCCGCCACCGCCGCCACCAACACUGCCGCCGCCGCCGCCGCCGCCGCCGUCGCUGCCCCCACUGCCCCCACUGCCACUGCCACCUCUGAAGACGAGAAGGGACCACAACACAGGGCUGUGUCUCCUUGUGAUGUUUUUCAUGGUUCUGGUGGCCCUGGUUGGACUGGGGCUGGGGUUGUUCCAGCUCUUCCACCUCCAGAAGGAGCUGGCUGAACUCAGAGAAUCCACCAGCCCAAAGCAUAUAGCAUCAUCUUUGGAGAAGCAAAUAGGUCAACCCAAUCCACUCUCUGAAAAAAAGGAGCUGAGAAAAGCGGCCCAUUUAACAGGCAAGCCCAACUCAAGAUCCAUCCCUCUGGAAUGGGAAGACACAUAUGGAAUUGCCCUUGUCUCUGGGGUGAAGUAUAAGAAGGGUGGCCUUGUGAUCAAUGAUACUGGGCUGUACUUUGUGUAUUCCAAAGUGUACUUCAGGGGUCAGACCUGCAACAACCAGCCCCUGAACCACAAGGUCUAUAUGAGGACCUCUAAGUAUCCCCAGGACCUGGUGCUGAUGGAGGGGAAGAUGAUGAACUACUGCACUACUGGCCAGAUGUGGGCCCGCAGCAGCUACCUGGGAGCAGUGUUCAAUCUCACCAGUGCUGACCAUUUAUAUGUCAAUGUAUCGGAACUAUCUCUGGUCAGUUUUGAGGAAUCUAAGACAUUUUUUGGCUUAUAUAAGCUCUAAGAAAAGCACUUUGGGAUUCUCUCCAUAUAGUUCCUUGUUGUAGGCACUGAGAA